AUGUCUACGCCCAACACCAACUCAGUUCCUGCCCCGCUGCUACGACCUUUGGGCAACGAACGCUUCGUACUUACGGACCCUUACCGUCGCAACGUCACCCUGCUCCUCACCCUUGACCAAAUCCGUCUAUAUCUCCAGCAUGACGCGGACUUACGUGGAGGAGCCGCUCUCGACACUAUUCCCUCCCCCAUUGGAUACGAAGAAUUCGUUGUUGCGCUGAACGCCAAUGCGGGAAACGGAAUCCAACUCGCAUUCAUCCCUGAAGGCAAGGCGGGCGUGUGGAUUACUGGUCGUCCCCCUGCUCUAACUGAGUUAGUGGGACUUGAAGCCACGCGAUGCACCUUACCCGCGCCUCACGACCCCAGAGAAGCCACCGGGGGUGAAUGGCUAGACCCCUGCAGGAGCAAGCUGAUGGACGAAGCCCUGUGGGAUUACCCUGAGCCCAUCAAGAAGCAAUGGCAAUGGAAAGAGAAGGGGGUAUCCGAGAGGCAGGCCAAAAGAGCAGCAUCUGGAAAGACUCCGACCCCGCUCCCUUCGCAGUCAGCUUGGGCAAAGGGCCCGCCGCAGAGCAAUUCAUCUGCAGCUCCUUCAUCUCGAUCGCAGUCUCCCGCUCCUACUCAUGUUGCAUCUCCAAUAGCUAUUUCUCAUUCGAGACGUCCAACAUCCGUUGUGUUUGGAUCAAUAGAUGAUGCCUCGGCCCCGUUAUCUUCAUCGCCGGCUGCCAUUCCCGCUGUAAAAACCGAAGUCGUAAAGUCUUUCGGAUCCGUACCUGCUACGUCUUCCAACCAUGUAAAUGGCAAAAGCUCAGCUUCUGCAUCGGCCACAGGGUCGUCGAAGCAGCCUUCACGACCUUCCCUAUCAUCAACACCUUCCAACUCCAGUGCGCCACCCUCAACGGCCGCAACAUCAAGCGCAUCCACGCCUAAACCGUCUAGAGCAGACAUUGCAAAGCUCUUCCACGAUCCUUUGUCAUCGUCUUCUCGGCCGUCUUCUGAUACAUCAUCUUCUGACACAUCGUCUUCUGACACAUCGUCUCCUUCCACCUGGCCCUCUAAUUUACCUCCACAUCACCAGCCAUCCUCAUCUUCGUCACAACAGCCACAGCAACCCUCGCAAUUCGGCACACAUUCAUAUUCGCAGUUCGUGCCAAAUAGCAUGCGCCCACCGGGUGUGCGGGGCGGGUCUCGGCGGGUAGCUGGCCCGGGGGGUCCCGGUGGCCCACCUAUCCCUGCUAGUCCCCGAAUGGCUUCGCACCCACACCAAGCACCUCCUGGAGGUAUAGCACCGCAGGUACCCAUGCAGCCCAUGUCAUGGGGCGGAUACUAUGUCAGUACUCCAUUUUUCUAA